AUAUUAAUAUUUAUUUUUAUUAAUAGGUUCUUAAGGGUGGUGAUGGCAUGGCAGGUAUGGCUGUGCGCAAUCCCAAGGGAGAGAUAGUUCAUCCAUAUACUUGGAAGAAGUCAGCAGAAUACGAGGAAGUCUCACAGACAGGAGGAUAUUACAGUGUUUGCAUUGAUAAUCAGUUUUCCAGAUUUGCUGGCAAACUCAUUAAUCUCUACAUGACUACUUUUAGAUAUGAUUUAUGGGAAAAAUACACUCAAGAACUUGAGCAGAUGGAAGUCAGUGUAAACAACUUUACACACUCUAUAAAGACUGUGGAUCAACGCAUUCACGAUAUGCUGCUGCACCAGAGCCAGUCUCGAGCAAAAGAGGCAAGAGACUUCCAGCUCCUUAUAAGCAACAACAACUAUGUUCAGUACUGGUCCCUCGCACAGUGCAUUGCCAUUAUUGGUGCGGGAGCGUUCCAGGUGUUUUACUUACGCAAGCUCUUCGAUACAAAGGUCACAACCAAAUCAGGGGGAAGAGCCUAGGGUGCCAGGACUCUAAACAGGUGUUUGUCCUGCCAUGUGUGGGAAACACUGCAAGAUUAAGUUUUUGCUGUUAUUUUAUUUUAUUUUUUAUUUUUUUAUAGAUAAUUUGAGUACCAGAUAGAUCAUUGACGAUGAUCAUUUGCUGUUGAACCAGAUAUUCUUUUAUUUGAUAUAUGUUUUAUCUUGGAUAGUGUUUAUGGUACUUAUGUUAUGUAGGUAAUGCAGUUAAUUUUUUUUUGUUUGCUGGUUUUUAAAAAAUGGAUGGUUUUGUAUUGUAUACUAACCUUAAUUUUUUCUCAAUUUAUCAGUGAUAUCUUCCCUCCAAUUAUUAUUUUUAUCUCUUGAAAGAGCUUUACUUUAUGAAUCUCAACCUAAUGGGAUUUGCAAUUUUAUAUGUACUUACAAAUUAUGAGUUUUGUUCCAAUAGGUGGGUCCUUGCUCAGCACUAAGGUUUUUAAUUGGACAUAACCAAUUCAUUCUUAGCAACUUUCAAACCAUGAAUUUGAAUGUAAUUAUAUCAGGAUUGGUUUUCUAAUUGUCUCAGAUUGUUCAGAAUACUUUGAUAGUCAGGUUAUAUGGAAAUACCAGGUGAAAUAUAGAAAAAAAUCUCAAGAAAUAGACAUGCAAGGCCUCAUCUUCUAGUGACUGAACUAUUUUAAUUGUAGCAUGUGGAAAGUGGUGCAAUGGUCUCAUUUCAAGCCUAAUUUUUCAUGGUGUUUGUCUUGUGCAGAUGCAAUUCCUUAUUUUUUUCCGUCCUACAUUGUAGAUCUCAACUUGAUACCUGAUGUUACAUUCCAAUUCCAAGGUCACAGUCUUGUAUUUUUUAUACAUACAGUAUCGUGUAUUGUGGGUGCUUUUAUUGUUCAUUGAUGAAAUAAAGAAUUGUAUACAA